AUGGAGGCUCAAAACCCGAACCUAAAGCCAGGGCUUCCUCUUGAUCUCGAAACUGAAGUGUCUGGACCUCUUAACACCAACAUGGACCAGAGCACUCCUUCCACAAAACAUGAACACGAUUCAGAUGCUAUCUUGGGCAGUGUCCCGAAGUUCUCUGGUUCUCUUGAUCACCCAAUUGGCGUUGAAGUACAAGACAACCAUCAAAGCCACACAGGUCCCAUGCAGGCUGGCAAUACGCCUAAUGACUGGACUGUGGAGGAUGUCUUCACAGUUCAGCAAGAGACCAAUGCUGCAUUCUUAGACGACAUUCGUCGAAUUUCUUCAACUGAAAGACUAAACUUAGCUAAAAUGGUACAGAGCGAGUCACAGAACGGUAUGGAUCGAAUUUGCAACUACUUCAAGGGGCUCGCUGCUCAGCCUGUUCAGUCCCCGACUGCCUCAACCAUUACAGAACUCCGUGCUCAGCUGAAGACGGAGAAAAACAACUUGCAGAAGCUCUCUGGUGAUUACAGCAAUCAAGUCCAGCACUCCCAUAAACAAAAGCAAAUCCUCGAAAAAUUAAAUGCCAAACUGGAUGAUGCUCUUCGCGAAAGAGACCAGCUACGCCAGCUUCUGGACGGUGGUUCUCUGGCAAACUCUCAUAAAGCCACCGAUGAUUCAAUCCAUGGCAAAUGGAAGGAGCUCUCUUACAAUAUUCGUUGUCUGGCUCGCCACCUUGCCCAAAAUUCUCCUCAGCAGCAACUUGACGACGUUGCUAGGGAGAGGCUACGAUUUAUCUCCAGGGACUAUUACACACUUCUCGAAGACGACGAUUACCGAGAGCUUAUUCUCAUGAGCUAUCUAUGGGUUACUGUCCAAGACAACGUGUUCGACGCCAGACGGACCGUUUGGGGUGGGCCUGAGUUGAAGUCAUUCAAGGCUGUUCGUGAUAGCAUUAUCACUCGUGUUGGAGAUGGUAUUAAUAUCCCCAACUGUGAUGACCCUAUCGCUCAUGCUGCACGGUGGCUGGCCCAAGGUUCAGCAAUGAUGGGCAGCCUUUGGGAAAGAGAUGACCGUGGUUUCAGACGUCUCGUACUCGCUGAAGCCAAGCUCCUGAGACCAUUUUAUUCAACUCACCAGUCUAUGGCAGACAGAUGUGAUAGGAAAAUUAUCGACCAACUAAGAGACAUUCUGAACUCAGCAAUCGAAGUUGACGAGAUGAUGAUGCGCUCCAAAGCGAUUUUCCAAGUUCACUGGCGAGAUCGAUCCCAGAGUCCCAAAUCUGCUGCUAGGUGGAAUGAAAAUGCCAUGGAUUCAGUAGCCUCUACGAAGGUCGUAUCACCUAGAAGUCGGGUUGUUUUCUUCAUCUCCCCAGUUGUCUACAAGACUGGCACCGCUGAUGGACAGAGGUACGAUUCUCAGAUGGUGUUGGCCAAGGCUUCUGUGGUCUGCGACUGA